UCUUGCUUUCAUGGUAUCAGAGCACCAGUAAUACGCAUCUAUGGCUCCUGAUGAUUCUUUUUCUUCCGCUCCUCUUUCUAUUUCUCAAGUUGUGACUCUUAAACUUACAGAGUCCAACUAUCUUCAAUGGAAAACUCAAUUCGAGUCUUUUCUCUUGCCUCAAAUGCUUCUUGGUUAUGUUAAUGGCUCUCUCCCCCGACCAGCAUCCACUCGUUCUGUAACUGGUGCUGAAGGAACUACGGAAGAGCCUAAUCCGGAGUUUCUGAAGUGGAUUCGCCAUGACCAACUCGUUAUGGCUUGGAUCUUGGGUUCACUCUCUGAAACAGCUAUCCGCGUUGUCUAUGGACUCCAAUCUUCUCAAGAGGUAUGGUCUGCUCUUGCUAAAAAGUUCAAUAGGGUCUCUACCACUAGGAAGUUCGAACUGCAAAAUAAGUUACGUGCUUGCCUCAAGUCUGGUAGACCUAUGGAAGAUUAUCUCAAUGAGCUUAAGCAAGUUUUUGACCAACUAGACUCAAUCGGGUUCCCCAUGACCGAUUUGGAAAAGAUACAUGGCUUACUGUUUGGUCUAGGCAAGGAAUAUGAGAUUGUUGCCACAAUGAUUGAGCACUCCAUGGAUUCACUUCCUCCUCCGUGCUAUGAAGAUGUUGUUUUUAAGGUGAUUGCUUUUGAUGACAAGCUAAAAACGUACUCUGCUGUCCCUGCUGUUACACCACAUCUCGCCUUCCAAACUGAAAAGACCUACUAUGAUCAAGGAUGUUCAAACAAUCGUGGAGGUCGUUCUGGUGGAGGCUACAGAGGCAGAGGAAACUACUCCACCAGAGGUCGUGGCUUUCAGCAACAUGGUAAUGGACAAAGCAGUCAGAACAAAGGCAAUGGAGCUUCAAGACCUACCUGUCAAAUCUGUGGGAAAUAUGGACACAACGCUUUUGACUGCUACAAUCGAUACAAUGAAGCGUUAACUAAGCCUGAGCUACCGACUGCCUUGGCUGCAAUGCGAAUCUCUGAUGGUGAUCAACACUCGGGUACUGAGUGGUUGCCAGAUAGUGGAUCCACUGCUCACAUCACCAACUCAACUGCUAAUCUGCAACACGCUCAAACCUAUCAAGGUAAUGAUGCAGUGAUGGUUGGUAAUGGUGAGUUCCUGCCUAUUAUUCACAUCGGUUCAGUUCCAUUGCAAACUUUGUCAGGACAAGCAUACCAAGCAGCUCCUCACAACCGGAAACAGGAAUAGAGAUCAUUAUGUGUUGGAAAAUCCUGCUUUUACAGCCUUCUACUCUAUGAGACAACUGGCUACUAGCGAUGAUGUCUGGCACAAACGGUUGGGGCAUCCAAGUGCAGAGAUUCUCCAACACCUCUCAUCCACUGCAUCAAUUUCAAUCAAUAAACGCACCAACAAGAUCUGUGAGUCGUGCAGACUUGGCAAGAGUGCUCAGCUCCCUUUUUCUUCUUCCACUUUUGUAGUUACUAAGCCUCUUGAGAGGUUACACUGUGAUCUGUGGGGUCCUGCUCCAGUCACAUCUACUCAAGGCUUUAGAUACUAUGUUAUCUUUGUUGACAACUUCUCUCGUUAUUGUUGGUUUUAUCCCUUGAAGAAUAAAUCAGACUUUCACUCAGUUUUCUUGCUUUUCCAAAGUCUUGUUGAG